GGCCGAGAUAGCUGCAAGGCGAAGGAGCCGGCGGCGGAAUGGGUGCGGAGCCGCGGCGCGAGGCCGGGGGUAGUCCCAUCUUCACUCUGGAGGAGGUGUCGAGCCGGGCCUCGAGCCGGGAGGCUUGGCUGGUCAUCCACGGCCGCGUCUACGACGUCAGCCGCUUCCUGGCUGAGCAUCCAGGUGGAGAGGAAGUUUUACUUGAGCAGGCUGGGAGAGAUGCCACAGAGAGCUUUGAGGAUGUUGGACAUUCGAUAGAUGCCAGGGAAAUGCUUAAGCAGUACUACAUAGGAGAGGUUCACCCGUGUGACCGUAAAACUGAAAGCUCUAAGGAUCCAGACACAACACCUGGCAACCAGCUCAGUUCCUGGUCAACAUGGCUAAUCCCCUUCCUUGGAGCCCUGGUCAUAGGUUUAAUGUGUCGCUAUUACAUGUUGGAUGGGAAGUCCUCUUGAAUUGGCCUCGCUGGAACUUUGAGAAGCAUGAGUGAACGCACAGGAAUGAGAGGCAGUGUAUGCAUGCACACAGGAGUUGUGGGAUUUUGGUUGCCUUAAACCUUGCAUAUUUUGUUUUUAGUUCUGAGCCUGCUAGCAACGCUGAUUGCGUGCAAAGCCAAGUUAUUGUCAGGCAGUGUCUGUCCUAACUCUGGGACCCACGUUCCUUUUGGUGCGUGGAGCAAGUGCAACUUCCUACUAUUCUAGUAUGUGUUCGUGCAUGCAUCUCUCUCUCUCUCUCUCUCUUUCUCUUUCUGUAAGUUAUGGGCAACUUUUCUUUCAAUGCCUUUUUUUUGUUAAGCCAGAGAACAUGAAACUGCUGCUAGUGUGUGAACCUGUGAAUUGCUUCAGUCCUUCAUAUGAGUGUCAUCGGAAAGAAACUACCAACUGUCUCCUGUCCUAUCCAGCAAAGACGUUCUAGGACUGACUAGUAAAACUGCUUUUCUGGUGCAUGCAGGCAAGAUUAAUGGGAGCAGCAGGAAAUUGUUUGCUCUUGCUGCCUUUUUCUGUAUGUGUCUGGUUUUAAAUGGUUAAGCAAAUAGAUAUUUGUAUCUUUUAGAAAUGCUCCAGUUCACUUUGUAGUAUUUGUACCUGUCCCUUCUAACCUGCCUGUCCUGUAAAAUGAGAGCUCACAGUUGUCAUACCUGGGGCCCCAGCUCCCCUGCCUGUUUUUGCUACAUGCAGUAAUAUUAGAAAACAGCUCUGAUAACUGGCCUUUUUGAACAGAGGUCUUCUGUCUGUUCCUGAGCUCCUGGUCUGCUGCAUGUACUUCAGAAAAAGCUCAGCCCUAUCUAAAAUGUGGGGCUAAGCAGGAUCCAAAACAGAAAGAAGACUUAAGUCUCCUACCUUGGGAGCAAUGUAUGAUGCUCUUGGGACUGGAACCGGAAUGCGAUGUUCCACCACUAUCUGUUGUGUAGUUGGCCCCAUACAAGGAAAAAAGGUGUUUUGUGGAUUGCCAGGCCUUAUUCUUUCCUGACCUACAGCACAUAGGGAACAGAAGUAAUGCUUGUGAUUGACAUAACAGAACAGCUUAUAGGAAAAAGGAAUUGGUGUUCUGGUUCUAACAUCCCCCCGUGGUUCUCUUUACCAUUGCUCCGACACUGGUUUUCAAUAGAGUAUCUUAGCAGGUGAGAAAUGCCUUCUUUGCUUCAUUGCUUCUCUCUUGUUCCAUGCUUUUCUCCCAUAUGUAAAGUGUGUGUGUGUGUGUCCGUGUCCCCUUGUUCUUUCCUCUUCCUGUGCAGGUAGCACACUUCCUGGCAUUGUGGUUUAGCUGACUUAACCUCAGGGAAUUGAAGUGUCAUUUUUUAAAUGUACAGGACCAUGAGAUCAAUACCCAGUAGGAGAGAAAGUCCUCUGGUGUUAGUUAUUGAGCUUCCAGGAUGGCAGCAUUUGGCUUUGUAUUGUUGGGAUUCCACACAACAGGAGUUUGGUUAAAGACCCUUCUCUUGGACACUAAGAAGGGUGUAGCUGCCAUGUUAGUAUGGUGUCUGGUAUAUGAAGCUUCUGAUUUCCGUGUGGCAUGGCACAAAAGACUGCUAGCAAUCCUUAGGCAUCCCACCCUUGCAAGCUGUCCUUGGUUCACUGCUACAAGGAAAUAAAUUGGACAAAUCAGCCCAGUUUCUUUUUUGUUGUGUUCCAAGAGAGAUGUAAAUUUGAGCCAGAUUAAACCCACCAGCAAAUUCCCCAAUUCCUAUCAUAAAUAAAAGGUAAAUGGGCAGCCUGAAUUAUGACAUCCAGUUGACAGGCCUGUAGAUCACAGGCAAAAUGAGAGCUGAGUGGUACAGGGCUUAGAAAAAUAGAUCAGGUUACAUUUCAGUCAACUUGGAUUUAUGGAAAAUAGCUCUCCAGUUCUUCUCAAACUAAUAUAUCUUUCGAUACAAGAGAUUUGGCUGAUAAAAGUAAUAGUCCUGAUGUGAUGCCUAAACUUCUGUAAAGCACGAGACUUUGUACUGCAAGACAUUUGGAUAAAUAAAGUAGAAUGAUACAAAAACCAACAUGGCCCAUUACAUGGAUUUAAAAUGACCUGAUAGAUCUCAAAGCAGGUAUAAAAAGUGACCGUUCAUUAAGUGCUUGUGUUUCUAGUGGAGCCCAGUAGGAGUUGGUUCUUGGCAUUAUGCUAUUUAGCAUUUAUCAAAGACAUGAAAGAAAAAUAAUCAGCAGUAAUAAAGUUUGUAAAAGACUGAAAGACUGGGGGAAUGGCACACAAUGAAGAGGACAAAUCGCUGACAUCUAGAUUGACUGGUGAGCUGCGCACAAUCAAACAGCAUGUCUAAACGUGGCCAAAUAUCAAUUCCUGCAAGUAGGAAUGAUAGACAGGCCAUGAUAGUUCUGUAAAGGACUUUGGGGGUCAUGAUGGAUAAGAAACUGAACAUGAGCUCCCAGAGAAGUGUGAUGAGACUGAUUUACUAUGGUCCUUUCUGACCUUUAUGCACUGAAUAAUUAUGUUAGCCAAGGAGGUUUCUCCACUGCCAAUGAGAGCAUAUGGAUGGAAGGAACUGUCACACCUACUUGUUAUAAGCAGCAUAUUUAAUAUUUUCUAGGUUGGAAUACCCUUAUUUCUAUUUCUAAAAACAGCAUUUACCAUUCAAGCAGAAAACUAAAAUCGUGCUUGCUACUAAUAAUCUUUGUAUGUUGGGUUUUAGUCUCCUUUCCACUGUGUGGGAUGAGAACCUCUAUCUCCCUGGGUCACUAGGCUUAAGAUCUCUUGCCAGCUGCAUGCAACUGUGACCGAUAAACCAGCUAUGCUAUCUGGGGUAAGAGUCCUGUGCCAGUAGCAUUAUUCAAAUGUUCUUAUCCUUAGCUUCGUGGGAUAAUUCAGGUUAUUUCUACACCAAUAUUUGGGGUUUGCCUUGGUCAUGCUUGCCAACCCCCCUGCUUUCUGUGAAUUUCCUACCUUGUAGUCUACACCAAAACCAUUCACACUGUGCUGCUUAUUUCAUGAGCACAGUGUGAAGAUAUCUCCCAGGUUCCCUCUAGGAUUUGGUCUGCAACUGUGGUAGCUGUACGGACUACACCAACAGUCUCCUGGCAGGAGAAAAAGGAUGUGGGGUGCAGGAGAGUCAGAAAUCGGGAACAGGGAGUGGUGGGAUUGCUGCUGGCCGACUUUCUGUGCUUGGUGCCUGUGUGACUGGGCAAGUUCCAAAUUCUGCAGGGAGGGCGGGUCAACGGAGGUGGGUUUGAUCUUGUACCUGGAAGUUCAGCAGAGCUCCCCGGGCUUGAAGGUUUUACAGUGUAGAUGGUCCACUUCUGUGUGCUUGGGCACAGGCCUAGCUACUGGUAUAGACGUAACCCCGGCACCUUUAGGCUCUCACCCAAUUCUGUGUCCUUGCAGUGAAGGACCAACCAGGCUUUUUUCCUCUGUUGCACUUGUUCUUAACCGUAUACACAGAAUAAACUUUGCAUAGUGAGAACUAGAUGUCCACUCUACUGAAACUCUCCCCUCAAUUUAACACUACGUUAACAGGCAGCUAGAGCCACCAUCACUGAGCCAGCAAGGUCUCCUGGUGAUCUGGGGGGCAUUUAUUUUUCUGUCCCUGCUGAUGAGACUGAUAAUCUGUGGGUUGGAGGUAAAGCCACAAAUACGUGUCUCAUACCAUGUGAUGUAGCUUCUUGACAGAUGGUUACUUGAUGGGUAACUUCUGUAUUUGUUAAGAGCAAUAAGGGUUCGUAAUCCAUUCUUCCUACAACCCUUUGCCUUUAAAAAAUGGAGGAACAAUUAGUUAUCAUUUAAUAAGAAGUUAUCUUUCCUCCUAGGUUUCUUCUAAUAAGACAUACUGUGAUUUGUAUUUUAAAUGAGAAUUUCAAGUCUCGCUCUGUUUGCUCUGAGCCUGCACAAAGAUGGUAUUUCACAGAUGCCAUUGCCGUUAGCCUUGGAACAAGGCUUUACCACUAAUGCUCUGGAAUUGGCUGCACUGAGUUGCUCCUGAUUCCUGGGGAAGGGGGGAGAAGAGGGACAUGUUCAGCCAGUGCACGUAUCUUCUGCUGCUGGAAGCCUGGUUCCAGUACAGUGGGAUUCAUUUACAGAUUGUGCACUAGUCCCUCUUGUUCCACAGAUCCAUCCAGAUGAUGUUCUCUGGUAGGCACGUGGCACGGCCUAGAAUUAAAAUGCAAGGAUGCUGCUGGUCAAGAUGGAAAACUGGGGCAGGAACACACCUAGUUGUUGCUGGCACUAACAUGAGCCUGACUGCAGUCUGCCUGGAUCUUUCAUAAGCACUUCCUUUUGGAACAGGGGUUAUUGGGGUUCAUCCUGUUCUUUUCAGUUCACCUGGUGACGGACCCAGUUAGGUUUAACACUUUUUGAAUGAACAAAAGCAGCGUUAACAAAGUUUGUUUACUUCUCUUAUUUCAGGAAUUUUUUCCCUAAACAAAUCUUUGUCUUUAUGUUGAGCUUCUCUCACUGCAGAUGUUUGUUACCAGCCCUGCCACACAAUAAAGGUACUGUUUCAACUCUCAUCUGUGCAAGAAAAAUAUUUUGCUGAAAUGAAAGCUGGGUGUGUGAGGUCUGCUCCCUUCUGGUAUUUUGGAAAGGGAUCCUGGUAAACUACUGUAAACAGAAGCAAAAGCACUUAUUUAUGAAUGUAACCAAACUAAAACUGGUCUCCAGGGCACCAGUGUAAACAACUGUUGUUGGUAGCUUUUGACUCUUUAAGAACCUAGUUCCUUCACCAUCUGAAUGCAAAGGAUAACAGUGAAUUGGCUCCAUGAGUGAUAAAGACCAGGUUAUGCAGGUUUGAAUCUAUUCCCAUCUCUGUUUGAAUUUUAGUUGAUAAAGAUGAGGACUGGAAAGGGAACAAGAUACAUGCCUCUGUAGAGCCAAGUUUGAAAUGUGUUUGUCAUCUUAAUUGAUCCAAGGAAAAUACUGGUGGCGGUGGGAAGAAUUUAAGCAGCUGCCUGGCCCUGAAGUUGGAAUGACUUGUACAAUGUGAAUUCUUGUAUCUUGAUACUGUUUAACACUGCAUUGUAUACUUGGUUUCGGGGGGCGGUUUUGGUUUUUAAUAAGCAUCUGUACAACUAAUGAGCACACUUUUUGUAUUGUAACUGUCAGAUGUUUACUAAAGCUGGGUUAUUUUACUGCA